AUGAAGGCUGAAAUCCGAGACAUUGAGCUACGCAAUAAGCCAAAAGCCCAAUUCUUAGCUGCAGUUCGCCGCCGCGCCGAGGUAAAAGCGCUCUUGUCUGAGCUUCUAAACCGCCCGAAUCCUUUUUCAACCACUGGAAAUAAUUACACCAAGCGGUUCUUCAAAUCGCAAUGGGAAGAACAACGUCGAUUCAAGGAAGCACACACCGAAGAACAAGAAGAACAUCGAGCAAAGUUACUUGAAGUUUACAAGCAGGAAGCUGCCCUAGAUGCCUUGAGGCAAGUCUUCUGGGAGGUUCAUGACCUCCUAGAUAAGUUGGAAGAGACGGCUCAAAAACUGAAGAACGCCGCCGAGAGCUUAGGUCGAACCGAGAGGCCCCAUCCAGAUGACGCUGACGAGGAACAGAAACUCCUCUUGCUCUUGUGGGACGCUAAGUCGGCGCUAUAUGUGCAAGCCGUGCAACUCUGGGCCGAACGCCAGCCACUCACCAACUCCAGAACAUUGGGCCGCCGUCUAGGAACAAAGUUGAGCAAAAAGAUUCAGAAGGCAAUCCAAAGUCGUCGUGGGCCAAUCAACAAACUCAUCGCGCAUUACAACAAUCAAUUUGAUCAUUACGUGGCCAAGUUUCCAAGAGAACGAGUGGCCGACGCAGAAAAUCAUCCAUUAACGUAUGAGGCAGUGGACGAAGAGCUGGAUUUAAUAACUCAAGAACUGGCGCGGGCAAUGUCUUGGGGAGUAGAUAUGUACACGCACAUGACAGACUACAUCAAAUACAUUCGAUCUCGAGGAGUGGCUCUAGAGAACGACAAUAAUUUGAGUGAGGAUCACCUUGAUAACCUGGAAUUUGGCGACAUCAAAAGAGGCGAGAAAUUACGACUAAUUAAUAAGGAAUUACAGUCUUUUUUGUUUGAUCAUGGUACACUAAUGAUUGAGUGGUCGGAUACCGUCAAGUGGAUGUGUGCUCGUUGCCAGCCCAAUCUACUUCCCGAUCAAUGGUCUGAAUGGACCACACUUAUAGCUACUGUAUUAAACGAUCAAGCUUCUCGACUACCAAGUAGAAAUACGCAAGAGGUGGUAGUUGACAUUGUCUCCAAGGACGUGGUCUUAGGAGUACAGACAGAAGAUGGCGAAGAGCUUGGGGAGGCUGAUCAGGGCGCUUGGGAGGAUAUUGCAGAAUCUUAG